UGUGAAUGCAUGAAUUUUAUCUCUCACCAUCCCCCUCCACUACUAUCCAUUCCUAUAUAUACCUGCCUUUCUUAACUUCUUUUUCCUACUUCACCUAAAGCACUCAACAAUUCUUUUCCUUUACUAUCCAUUAUACUCCAAUCCAUUAUAUCCCAAUUAUUACGAUAAUUUUAUUGAUUUGAACAGCAGUAUUUUCAAACUUUCUCAUUGGUUGAUAUCUCUCUCUCUCUCAUCAAUCGCCCUUGCAAAUUCAAUCCUAUUUUCUUCAAACCAAAACAUUGUCAAUUUCCCGCUUCUCAAUUCUCAAUUCUCAAUUCUCAUAAACAAUGGGUUCCCUAGACAUCAAGCAAGAAUCCACCCCACUCAUGACAAACCCUUUAGACCCAGAAGAGUUCCGCCGACAAGGGUACAUGGUAAUAGAUUUCCUUGCUGAGUACUACAAGAACAUUGAAAAAUAUCCGGUCCGGAGUCAGGUGGAGCCGGGGUACCUCCGAAAGAGGCUGCCGGAGUCAGCCCCUUAUAAUCCUGAGUCCAUGGAAACUAUCCUCAAAGAUGUUCAAAAGGACAUCGUUCCAGGGCUCACCCACUGGCAGAGCCCUAAUUAUUUUGCUUAUUUCCCUAGUAGUGGUAGCACAGCAGGGUUACUGGGAGAAACUUUAGCCGCAGGGUUUAAUGUGGUUGGAUUCAACUGGAUUUCUUCUCCAGCUUCUACUGAGCUCGAAAGUAUUGUUAUGGAUUGGUUGGCUAACAUGCUUAGCUUACCAAAAUCCUUUACCUUCUCUGGUGGUGGAGGUGGUGUUAUGAUGGGGACAACUUGCGAAGCCAUCUUAACUACCAUAACCGCUGCUCGAGAUGCUCUUUUGGACCAAAUUGGACGUGAUAACAUCAACAAGCUCGUCAUUUAUGGCUCUGAUCAAACUCACUGUUCUUUCUUCAAGUCCGCCAAGAUUGCCGGAAUUUCACCUAAGAAUUUCCGCACCGUCAAGACUUCAAGAGCUCAUGCUUUCGCACUCAAACCAGAAUCGCUUAGAGCGGCAAUUGAGGCGGAUGUCAAUGCCGGUUUGAUCCCUCUUUUCCUCGUCGCUACAGUCGGAACAACCUCAACUGCGGCGGUCGACGCUGUAGGCCCAUUAUGCGACGUGGCAAAAGAGUACAAUAUGUGGGUUCACGUCGACGCGGCCUACGCAGGGAACGCGUGUAUCUGCCCAGAGCUCCGCCACAUGAUUGAUGGUGUCGAAAAGGCGGAUUCCUUCAGCUUCAAUGCUCACAAAUGGUUUCUCACAACACUGGAUUGCUGCUGCCUUUUUGUUAAGGAUCCUGACUCCCUAGUCCGUUGCUUAUCUACCAACCCUGAGUACCUUAAAAACAAAGCUACUGACACCCAGCAAGUGGUGGACUAUAAAGAUUGGCAGAUCACUCUCAGCCGUCGAUUCCGCGCCCUUAAGAUGUGGCUUGUUCUACGAAGCUACGGCGUGGAUUACCUCCGAAACUUCCUCCGAACCCACGUUGACAUGGCGGUCUACUUUGAACAGAUGGUUACCAUGGACAAGAGGUUCGAGAUCGUCGUCCCCCGGAGUUUUUCUCUUGUUUGCUUCCGCCUCUCCGCGGCCGCUGUUCUGCAGUAUUCAGGCCAGAAGUUCAUAGAGGAGGAAACCCUUAAUGAUCUCAACUCGGAGCUUCUUGAGUCCAUUAACUCGGAUGGCCGUAUUUACAUGACUCACUCGCUUGUUGAUGGCAUCUUCAUGAUCCGUUUCGCUGUUGGAGCCACUCUUACAGAAAUCCAUCAUGUUACUUAUGCUUGGAAAUUGGUGCAAGAGCAUACAAGUGCUAUUUUAGCACGCAGGAUUCGCAAUUUAUGAUAGUAUUCCUGUGCUUUAAUCAUAUCUUGCAUUUGCAUAGCUUGGUCGUCGUUUAACUUACUCUACACGCCAAAGACAAGGAGGUAUCUACUUAUCAGCAUGCACAGUAUCGAAUUUUACAGACUAAAUUUGGUCGUUGAGAUUCAUGGUACCUGUUUUACCAUUCUUUUCUUUUUUGUUUUCUUAGAUUUUUUUUUCUUUUAUUUUAUCCAUAAGGUGGUGAUUGGUGAAUUAUGGGGGAAAUAUUUUGAUGUGGAAGACCGAAGACCUAAUGACAUGUAGGGAAAUCCAAAUUUUCUUUUCGUGCCUGCCAUUAGGUUUUAUCGUCAAACCCUCCACACUACUUCCACUAGCUUUAUUUGUUUAUUGUGUAUCUAUUAUUAAAUAUUUAGAGUUGAGCAUGCACUAUACCAAGUAAAAUGAUUGUAUGGGACAAAACUACUGCACGCUCAAGCUUGUAUUUAGUCGAAUAAAACAUUUCCAUUUGUAAGCGACGUAUAUAUAUAUAUUCACUCCUUUUGUAACUGUAUUACUUAAUUUUUUUUGGAUUUUUUAACUAUAAUAAUACAAACUUUUGUC